AUGAAUGAGAAGCACGCCAAAGGCCCCGCAAUGGCCGUCGAAUUCGACGACAAAUUCCUCGCCGACAGACUCCGCGACGGAUAUCGCUCGCUCACUGGAACCUGGUUCCACCGCUUCUUCAGCGCGCGCAUACUCAAGGACAUCCGCCUCGGCCAGAUCAACACGUGGAGCGGCACGACCUCACAGCCCAGCAGUCAAUCCUCUGGCCUUUUAGCAGCAGGCGCAGGCAUCGACGUUGACGCGGACGCACGAUCGCCUUUCACAGAAGACAGUCUGCUGAAUCUUUACUACCGCCCUACAUCCGGUAAAGCGCGCUAUACAUGGGUGCACUGGGCGCAACGCGUCGCAUCGACGAAUUCGACACAGCGCCGCAAACAGUCUGUAAACAACUCAUUUCGCUUCCCCGAGCCGCCUGGGAGCGAGAACGAAUUACCGGAUAGCGUCACGACAAUUCAGUUCGUUCAGUCGUACUCGACCUUGCGCAUUCUGAGCGCGCUGGCACUGAUGCUGCUCUUGAGCGUUGCGGCGGCUUUGUUGUGGAUAUUUGUCGGCACUCCGGGCUCGGGGAUCAGAUCCAGUGAGUUGAAUCAGAGAAGUGAUCGCGUGGGGAGUGGCAUGGCGAUUGGGAUACUGGUUCUUUUGAUUGAGAGUCUGGGGUUUGGCGCAUGGGUGUGGUGUUCAUAA